AUGCCCCGGUCCUCUCCUGUCCGAGUCUGGUCCAAGGGUUCCUCCACAUCUUCAAGCUCCACAUCUACUCGAAGCCACAGUUCAAGCCACACGCAGGAUACCAGCAUUACCUCCUACUCCUAUGGUGACACAAAGCCCACCGACAGGAAAUAUGCUACUUACGAAGCAUACGAGGUUGUGGACGAGCCCCUCUCAUAUGAGAAAGACUGUGUCGUUGACCCACGGGCGUCAAUCGAUACAUAUGCCUCAACCACUACAGACGAGAAAGAGCCAUCCAGCCAAAGAAGUCUCAACCCUUUGAUGCGCUCUGUCUGUUAUCAACCAGAUGCCAUUUCCACCACCCCUGCCGAGUUUGCGGAGCUCUUUCCUUCUACCCGCAGACUUCUCAUCCAGCAUGAUGAUACCAGCCCAGAUGGCAACCUAAAUCUCCGUCUUGACACCGAGUUGUCCAUCUCCAGAGGCCAUCGCGUAAAGCUGACCCUGUUCCACCUGAGGAUGUAUGAUCUGGCUGAGCGACAAUUCUCUCUCCGUCGGUAUCAGAGGCAGUCGGGUCGGGAAGUCUGCAGCUCGAAACGAAAGUAUCUGAAGCCAACUUCCAAGCCAUCGUCGCCAUCGAAGAAGGGUUCCCUUGUCAAUGCCUUGACGAAAAUGAACUUGAAGGCCUUCAAUUCAAAACCUCGCCCAAAGCCUGCACACGAACCCGAAGAUACCGAGUCUGAUGAUGAUCUUGAUCUCUUCGAUCAGGCGGACGUUGAAGCCAGCAUCCCGACAGAGGCCAUGAGAAUAGAGUUCUCAAAUUAUGCUCAAGUUGAACUUCAGCCGACUCGGCGUGGCGAUGGGAAGAUGUAUGACUUCGAAUACUGGGGUCAGAAGUACGCCUGGCGAAAAGUCAUCUAUCAGGAUGAACAAGAAUCGAUCUUCUCUUUUGAGUUGGUCAACAUGGCUUCCGGAUGUUGUCUGGCUCAUAUCACUCCAGACAAGCUCUCUCGACAGCAAAGCAGACAUGAGGCUUCUCAAGGAACUUGGGUGCCUCCCUGCAGUAUGAGAGUGACAGAAAAAGGGAUAUCGGGUGACCUUGGAGAUGUUAUCAUUGCCACUGGUUUGAUGGCGCUCACCGACGACUGCAUCAGACGGCACUGGCGUGAAGCUCACCGCUCAUGA